AGAAAUGGAUCGAAUUUUGUGUGGUUCAGAAACAGUGGCCAGCUCCUUGGAGAUUACCAGUUAAGUUGUUGAAAUGGACGAACAUGUUCUUCUGAUAGAAACAACUUCCUUUAACGACAUUUUGAUGAUAUGCCCUUCACGCUUUUAUUCCCAACAGCCACCUUUAUAUCGGUAUCGUUUCUCUUGUUGGCUACCUGUUUGGCCGAAACCAUCAUUUCCUUAAUUAACAAUUUGUUUGAAAUGUUCUGAUGCGAUAACAGUACAAUCACACAAGUAUUUAAUUCCUAGUUCAAUCUUCCGCCAUUAUUUUUCUCUCUGUGUUUUUUUUUCUCGCCCCAGCCUUGUUCCGUUGAUGAAAUCAUGCUAACCCUGCCCUCUUUACAGCUUACGUCAUAGCAACAAAUGUAUCGCCACUCAUUAGGUCUUUGGUUUUAGAGGGGGUGUUUCAUUUCCACUGCAUUUUGCUGUAAAAAAAUCCUUACCCCACCUUGAUUUCUUAGAAACGAAUGAGAAAAACGAAACAAACGAAUAACGCUGCGUCAAACGUGUAAAAGAUUUGAAAUGGAUUCGGUCGAGUUCGAUGCGAUUGUGGCCAUCAAGUUCUGUUGAUAUCUAUCUCAAAGCUACGAUUGCAUUCAACAAACCCUGUAAGGCCCUAUAAACCGGACACGGCCGCCGUAAAAAGGCGUUAGAAAGUACAAUGAAGUUGGCCAUCUGGAUGUCUGAAUGGAGAGAGUCAAAGCCACGCAGACAAAGCAAAACCUUUAAAAUUUCUUGGCUCUGGAAUCGAUGCUAUUGGAGUUGAUUCUUUCUUAGAAAGGCGCUAAACGAAAUGGAUGUGUGUAUAUGUCAACAAUUGUUUCACGCUGGCCUUGACGGGUGUAUCGUGACAAGGGGCAAAUGGUGAAUUUCGUUCGUUAUACCAGUGGAACAGGAGCUAAACGAUAACGAAACACCUAUAAAAGCACGUUGGGCUAUCGGUAGGGAGAUCAGUUGACAGUUGAACUGUUCCAUCCGCAGUCUACAUCAGAAAUGAAGUUGUCCGUUUUUCUGUUGAUUUUGGUCGCUGCUUCCCACCAGCAAUACCUGGCUCAGAAUAUGUUCCGUUUGCCAUGGAUUUCGACGCGGUUCGCUCAACAGCAGCCCAUCGAAUAUCCUUAUUACUACAAUCCUCGUUACCAUGACGACAGCUAUUCCGGUCCCGACGCGACACCCGUCAUCAUCGUGAAUCGAGUUAAUGAGGAACAUCCAAGAGCAUCAACCGAUCGGAUGAUGAAUACCGGAGAUAGAAGUCAGCAGUUUGAUGAUAUGCGCGUCGAGCCCAGAGUUAAAAACUACGGACAUAGACAACAAGAUUUGACGUUCGGCAAUAAGCCGCAAAAUCGUUUUUUUUUUACGAAACAGUACCACCCGUACAAGACGGCUACGUUGACCAUUACUUCUACGUGCACGGCUAUUACCUUCAGGACGUGCGUUCCACGAGCCAAUUUUCGUCCACCGCUGCCCGCUCCCGUUCCCAAUUGUCGUCGCAAAAGGCAAGCUGAAUCCGAUUUACUGGAAGAUGAUCUUGAUAAUCAAUUCGCUAUCGAUCCCAGUCAAGUGCAACUAGUAAUGCCAACGGAGCAGCCGAUGAAAGUGUCUUUUAUCCACGACGGACGUGAAAUUACGCGUGAAAUCAUGUCUUCUAAGGAAGAGGAAGGACGUGGCAGGCGAUUGGUGGACGCGUCCGAGAUGCAGAUGAGAAACAAGAAGCGAUUUUUGUACUUGGUGCCGAGUGUUCUGGUGGCAGAAACAACCAUCACUUCGUGGUCGGUACUUUCAACUAUUAUCACCAGCACUUUCGUUCCAGCAGAGAAUUUCCUAUGCUUGCCUCCUGGCUUCACAAUUUGCCCUUAAUUAUCACUGACGAACGUAGAAAUCCCAAUAUCCUUACAUUCUACUCAUUUCACAUUAGAUUUUGUUACUCACCGGGGUUUUGUUUUUUCCAAUUUUAAUUCUUAUUUUAACGCACUUUAAGCAUUUAGAUUGCACUUGCUGUUUAUUAGGUUUAUGGCUUAAAUUUAGUUACUGUUUCAGAAGAAUUCAAGAAAUAGAAAUCAAAUUUUAAGACA